CCACAAAAACCGCACAUUCCCCUUCUUAAACCGACGCUCCCGCUUUCGCUAUUCACACACACACACUCUCUCUCUCUCUCUCUCUCAAAAACUCUGUUUUUUCCAAUUCAAUAUCAUCGCCCACCUUCUUCUUCUCUCCGGUACCCUACAGUUCCCUCUCUCUCUCCGAUUCCCUCUCAGAUCGGGUUGUUUUCGUGUUUGGAAGUCUAAUUUACUCAAAUUACCUUGAGCAAUAUCGUGUGGGAAAUUGGUGGUCAUUUGAAAUGGGGGCUGGAGAGAAUAAUUUGGACAUCAAAGUGGAUCGUCUACCAGGAGAAGCAAGGGAGAUUCUAAAAUCACUGGCUGCCGAAUGGGAGGAUGUGCUUGAUGUGAAUGAAUUGCAAGUUAUCCAGCUUAAGGGUGCAAUGACCAAUCAGGUUUACCAAAUAAAGUGGCCAACAAAGACGGUCUCUAGAAAAGUUCUAGCUAGGAUAUAUGGUGAGGGCGUGGAAGUGUUCUUUGACCGGGACGAUGAAAUUCGGACGUUUGAGUUUAUGUCAAAGCAUGGGCAAGGUCCUCGUCUUCUAGGCCGGUUCCCCAAUGGGCGAAUUGAAGAGUUCAUCCAUGCACGGACACUCUCAGCAUCUGAUCUGCAUGAUCCAGAAAUAUCUGCUCUUAUAGCAUCUAAAAUGAAGGAGUUUAAUGAUCUUGAUAUGCCUGGCCCAAAUAACGUUCGCCUGUGGGAUAGAUUGCGAAACUGGCUAGGUGCAGCCAAGAGUUUGGCUCUCCCCGAAGAAGCUAAAGCCUUUUGCUUAGAUACCAUUGAAGAGGAUAUCUCAAUAUUGGAAAAGGAGCUUCCAGGGGCACAUCAACGUAUAGGUUUUUGCCACAAUGAUUUGCAAUAUGGUAACAUAAUGAUUGACGAAGUGACAAAUUCAAUAACCAUCAUUGAUUAUGAGUAUGCAAGUUACAAUGCUGUUGCAUUUGACAUGGCAAAUCAUUUUUGUGAGAUGGCUGCUGACUAUCACACGGAAACUCCUCAUAUUCUGGACUUCAGUAAAUAUCCCGGUUUGGAGGAUCGUCAAAGAUUUGUUCGUAUAUAUUUGAGCUCUUCUGGUGAUGAACCUAGCGAUAUUGAAGUCGAGCAGUUACUUCAAGAUGUUGAGAAGUAUACUCUUGCAAGCCAUCUGGUUUGGGGCUUAUGGGGAAUAAUAUCGGAACAUGUGAAUGAAAUCGACUUUGACUACAUGGAAUAUGCAAGGCAAAGGUUUCAACAAUACUGGUUAAGGAAGCCUGAACUAUUAGGCUCUGUUAGAGCUUCCUCUGAUAGUGUGGCUGAUGGUAACGGUGCCAUCUAGUGUGCCAUCUAGUCCUUGAUAUGCUUCCUCUUUAUUAGUGUAUUGUGUAUAUACAGAUGCAAUAUUUUGUUAGAUAUUCAUCAUGUCCCAAGGAUCAAAAUGUAAGAUGUUAAUUAAUUAAUGGUUGAUAAGGGGCUUUGCUUAUUGCGCUUUGUAAUGAAAUUUGUUACUUAUAAAGAAUAUGGUUGAUAAGGA